UCACGUCGAUGGAGACGCAUCGCGGUCGGCCUCUCUCUCAAUAUUAUUACUUUAUUACCAUACAAAACGUGAGUGAGUGUCUGUGAACUUAUUCCAACUUGAGUGACGGUUAGUCCGGACCCUACAGCGAGCUGACAGUUCAACCAAGGUCAUCGAUCAGCAAUUUGACACCUGUUGUGUUUAUAUACUAUAUGUACGACCACAACAGAAUACCGCGUGCCCCUAGAAAUGUGUUUCAACAAGUAUCUCAUUAAGCUGGCGGAUUACUUCAGAUUAGUUUCUGAUACGUCUCGUUAAUGCCAGUGCGAACAACAACAUUCGAAAUGAUCAGCAACACGAAGAUCGUGUUUACCAAGCUCCUGCUGUGCUGCUUCGUGUCAGGCGCCGUCGCGAGGUCGUGGGCCAACCACCACGACACCACUACGUCAACCACACAGACCACCCCCACCACUAGUCCUGUGCCUAAGAACUUCCAUAAUGAUCCACUCAUCGUCGAAACUAAAAGUGGCCUCGUCAAAGGCUACGCUAAGACAGUUAUGGGCAGGGAAGUACAUAUCUUCACCGGUAUUCCGUUCGCAAAGCCCCCUCUAGGACCGUUAAGAUUCCGCAAACCGGUACCCAUCGACCCGUGGCAUGGAGUACUUGAAGCCACUGCGAUGCCAAAUAGCUGUUAUCAAGAACGGUAUGAGUACUUCCCCGGUUUUGAGGGAGAGGAAAUGUGGAAUCCAAACACAAAUAUAUCAGAAGACUGUCUCUAUCUAAACAUUUGGGUUCCCCAGCACUUACGAGUCCGUCAUCAUCAAGAUAAGCCUCUUGCGGAGAGGCCCAAAGUGCCGAUACUAGUGUGGAUUUACGGUGGCGGCUAUAUGAGUGGCACGGCAACACUCGACCUAUAUAAAGCAGACAUAAUGGCUUCUUCCAGUGAUGUAAUAGUAGCAUCUAUGCAAUAUAGGGUUGGGGCGUUCGGAUUUUUAUACUUGAAUAAAUAUUUCUCGCCGGGCAGUGAAGAGGCGCCGGGAAAUAUGGGCUUAUGGGAUCAACAACUCGCUAUUCGUUGGAUUAAAGAUAAUGCUCGUGCUUUUGGUGGUGACCCAGAAUUGAUAACUUUGUUUGGAGAGUCGGCAGGCGGGGGAAGCGUGAGUUUGCAUAUGCUUUCACCAGAGAUGAAGGGAUUAUUCAAAAGAGGCAUCUUGCAAUCUGGAACGUUAAACGCUCCAUGGAGUUGGAUGACAGGAGAGAGAGCACAAGACAUAGGAAAAGUGUUAGUAGAUGACUGUAAUUGCAAUAGCAGCCUGCUAGCUGCCGAUCCGAGCUUAGUGAUGGACUGUAUGCGCGGAGUCGAUGCAAAAACUAUAUCAGUACAGCAGUGGAAUUCCUACACUGGCAUAUUGGGAUUCCCGUCAGCUCCCACUGUGGACGGCGUGUUUUUGCCCAAAGACCCGGACACAAUGAUGAAAGAAGGCAAUUUCCAUAAUACCGAGGUGCUUCUUGGAAGUAAUCAAGACGAAGGAACCUAUUUCUUACUAUACGAUUUCCUUGACUACUUCGAGAAGGAUGGCCCCAGCUUCUUGCAGCGGGAGAAAUUUCUAGAAAUUGUCGACACCAUAUUCAAGGAUUUCUCCAAAAUAAAGAGGGAAGCUAUCGUGUUCCAAUAUACGGACUGGGAGGAAAUUACCGAUGGCUAUCUGAACCAGAAAAUGAUAGCUGACGUGGUUGGCGACUAUUUCUUCGUGUGCCCUACUAACUACUUCGCAGAAGUGCUGGCCGAUUCAGGAGUUGAUGUUUACUACUAUUACUUCACACAUCGCACCAGCACAAGCCUCUGGGGUGAAUGGAUGGGCGUGAUGCACGGCGAUGAGAUGGAGUAUGUCUUCGGGCACCCGCUGAACAUGUCCCUUCAAUACCACACCAGGGAGAGGGACCUUGCUGCACACAUCAUGCAGUCCUUUACGAGAUUCGCUCUGACUGGCAAGCCUCAUAAGCCGGACGAGAAAUGGCCGCUGUACUCUCGCACGUCGCCUCACUACUACACUUACACCGCGGACGGGACUAGCGGGCCAGCCGGGCCGCGCGGGCCUAGGGCCUCCGCUUGCGCUUUCUGGAAUGAUUUCCUUAACAAGCUUAAUGAGCUGGAACACAUGCCGUGUGACGGGGCCGUGACCGGCCCGUACAGUAGCGUCGCAGGCACCACCCUGCCGAUAGUGCUGCUGACCACGCUCGCCACUACCGUCGCACUCUAAGCGACCGGCAUUCACUCGUAGCAAACAGUAGACAAAUUAUUUAUACAAACUAGAACAAUAACGAUGCAAAUAAAUGUUUUCACUUCAUUAAUAACCAUAAAGUCAAAAAUCUUAACUGAAAUGAACUUUAUGAUUGUCAAUGAAGGUCUAGAGUACGCAAAUCGUAUUUCGAAUUUUAAUAUCGGCUACUAAAGUACUAGAAGUAAAUUGUUGUAUUAAUUAAAUAUAUUUUAUCACAAUCUUACAUAUCAAGCGUGGAACGUCAACAGGACAGUGAAAAGGAACGUUACAAAAAUGGAACUUUACAAAAAAGUGAUAACGUGAUGUGAAUUUGUACGUGAAAUGUGAAGGAUAAACAUUAUGAAAAAGCUGAUUAUUGUAUUUAUUUUCCUGUAUAAUAAUUAUUAAUAUUGUAGCAAAAGUAUGUUGAAUGUUAAAUAAUUUAGUUUACGAUGUUCCUGUAACUAGUUGUUUCGUACGUUUGAUGUUUCAUAUAUUUAGUUAAUGUGUAUUUCAUGUUAUGAGUAUUAAAGUAUAAUGUCGGCGGAUUAUUAUAAUACCUGUGCGUAUAUAAUAAUAUGAUAUACUUAGAGAAAGUAUUUAUACGUCGGCUUUCAUUGUUAAAGCGAAGCUUUCACACAGACAGUUUGAUAAAUCACUAUACAUAUCAAAGUGUGCCUCUGCUUGAAUAGCAAAAUGACAUAUCUUAUUCGUAGCAAAUUUUACGAUUUUAUAUAUUAAUGGUAAAUAUAGAAGUCGAGUGUAUACUGUGAGAUGAAUUUUUAUCAAUAUAUUUACUACUGUUGUAUUUAGGACGCUAAUAAUUCGUACCACUUGAGGAUCUUAUGAACUCCAAAUUCUUAUGACUUCGAACAGAUAAUAGUAUAUUUUGUGAAUAGUCCCUUCUCUAGUAUAGAUUGCGAUAUUCUGAACGCUAAGUAGUCUUAUCUGUACCUUACUUAUUGUAUUGAUAGACAAAGCACAAGAUACCGUAAAUCAAUUUAGUAUAACUAAGUCAAACGAUUCUGACACGUAUUGUAAACACUGUAUGAUCGAUUUUCCUUGAUAUUUUCAAAAUCAAUAUACAUAUCAUUAAUAUUAACCUAAUUAUUUAAUAUGUAUAUAAAUAUUUGUGGAAAUAAUAUACAGGAAUCUAUUCGUCUUCACAAUAGCAGUGAAUUCCGAAACCGUACGUAAAUCGUAGCUUAAUAAUGCUUUAAGUGAAAAAUUAUCUUAUGAACUUAGUAACAAUUGUUAUACUUUUAACAUAAUAUUUGUACUAAUGAAACGUUAGCGGUAAAAAUAUUUAUACCUAUGCGAUCGUCAAUUACUAUCCUUGAACAAGAUGGAAGAUGAAGUGGGGGACGUUGGAAGCAAGUGGACAUGCUUAAGCGAAGUGACAAGAAAAAAUGUUGAUUUAGUACCGAAUAAUAUCGAUAUUACCCUUACCCUAAAGUAAUGUAUUCAUAACUGUCCUAAACACACUAUAACCCUUUUUAUAAGCACGAAGUAGUUUUAUAAUUUCAUAUCCCACCAUUAAAUUUCUUUCUACCAAUCCUUACAGUGUAUUUAUAUAAAAAUAUAUAGGGUAUAUACUAAAAUUGGCAAAAGAUGCACGACACUCGCUUUCUUGUUGAAUUAAGCACAAUUUGAGAAGUUGUAUGGGAUAGCUUUAAUUAGUAAGGAUAAGAUGUAAAGUGAUCUAAAUAAGGAUUGUAUUAUAAGUAGCAAUUUCAAUAAUUAUAAGAUCUGUUUUAACCAAAAGUAUAAUUUUAAACAAGUUGUAAUAAUAUGCUUCAUCAAAUAUAAAACUGUACACAAACAUAAAUAUAUUUUGUAGAAAUAUAAAUAGGUAAUAUGUUUCAUUCACGUUAUAUAUUAUAAAGCGAGUAUUGCACUUAAUUUAAACACGGUUUAACUUUGGAUUUGCAAAAUCUUUUUAUUAUAUAAGAAAUUACUGUUAUACUUGUGUACGUGUAAUCAACCCUUAAGGUUUCUCACGAAAUUUGAAGAAAUUAAUAAUUAAUUUCAACCUAAAAAUAAGUUAUCCAUCAUAAAUUAUCUUUUGUUAAAUAUAAAGAAAAAUAUGUAACCAUAUUGAUUUAAAAAAAGUGUAAAGUAAUUAUAUAAAGCAAGUGUAGUGAGAGACAUAUUAUUUUUUCUAGAACUCAAUUGGUGAACGAAAUCUGGUCAUUAUUUAUUUCAAUAGGCCUAAAUUUGGUUUUCACUCAUAGAUCUAUCUUAAAGUAGAAGUAGGGACUACCCUACAUUCUAUCGCUGUAUGAGACGAUAUCAAUACGUACUGUUUGUUAAUAUAUUUGGUAAAUAAGCUACUCAUUAGGCGUAGUAUAUAGCUUAGCAUAUAAGACUUAGAUUUGAUGUGAUUGCCAUUAGAAGUUUGUGUAAUACUGGACUCUUAUUUUCUUCUACAAAUACGGCUAUGUAGGCGAACUGUCAGAACUAUUAUUGAACGGGGAAUCUCUAAAGUGUAUGCGUAACAAUAAUCACACUGUAUGUAUGUAAUACAGCUCUUAAAUGUGUAGUCAAUUAGAAAAAUCUACAAUGGUAUUAUUUGUUAGAUAAAAUAAAUGUUUAAUGUUAUUUGUGUAAAAGCUUAUCUAUAUCUGUUAUGCAAACGAUAAUAGUAGUUACUGCUUUACAAAUUAGGUGCUAAUUUAAUGUGUACAUGAGUGUGCACUUAUUCGUUUGUUCACUGGAAACUAAAUGCGGAUGACGUCGACAAUAUGUGUUUUAUGUGUUUGAUCCAUGUUUGAUGUCGUGUGCUGUUAACGCUUUCAGUAGGUGAAACUAACCAUGUUUUGUAACAUGUUUCUUUCACAAGUUCAUGUAAUCGUAAAGCUAAAUUACUAUCAAAUUAGUUAUUAUUAUAAUUGUCAUAGAAUUUAAAUGUCGAAAAAAAAUCUAGUAUAUUUUUAUUAUUACGUAAAUUCGUUUGUACAGUUGCACUAAUAUUUAUUUCACCGUAGCGGGAAUAAACUAUUUUUGUCAGAAUACUGUUACACAAUAGUGUAUAUUGCUUUUAAAUAAGUAUUUGUUUAUUAUCUCUAUCCAAAAAAAUACUCAAUAAAAUUUAAUUAAA